CGCAGCCCUACCCUCGGGGCGGGGCGUCCCGAUCCCUCUCGCCAGUCUGUCGCGGCCCGCCGCGGAGGCAGCACGCGAUGCCUUAGCGUAUUAUGUUCCUCCCCGACCUACCGCGAGCCUGUAUGGUUGACGACGUAGCUACCUACCUCCAGGCGCCCUCCUCGGGACAGGUGGCUACAUUUUAACAACAACAUAUGACGAGUUCCAUCCGUUCAUAGAGGCCCUGAUGCCCUUCGUAAAGUCCUUUUCGUACACAUGGUUCAAUCUGCAAGCGGCGAAGCGGAAAUAUUAUAAGAAACACGAAAAACGGAUGAGUCUUGAAGAGGAGCGGCAUACAAAGUAUGAAUUACAGAACGAAAAGGCAGAAGUAAAACAAAAAUGGGCAUCGCGGCUCUUAGGAAAGUUGAGAAAGGACAUCACACAGGAUUGUCGGGAGGAUUUCGUCCUGAGCAUCACGGGGAAAAGGCCCGCUGUGUGUGUGCUCUCCAACCCAGAUCAGAAGGGCAAGAUGAGGAGGAUAGACUGCUUGAGACAGGCUGAUAAGGUGUGGCGCCUAGACCUAGUAAUGGUAAUACUGUUCAAAGCGAUACCCCUCGAGAGCACAGACGGGGAACGGUUAGAGAAGCACCCGGAGUGCGCGCAGCCCGGCCUCUGCGUGAACCCGUACCACAUCAACGUGUCCGUGAGGGAGCUAGACCUGUAUCUGGCCAACUUCAUAAACAGCUAUGGUAAUGGGAGCGACGGUCUGCCAGAUAUCCUAAGUGGCUCUCUCUCACCCAACCCGCGGGAGAAAGAGAACGAACAUGACGCCAAGAGCAAAGGCUAUAGCCACAAUCCGUACAACGGAGUAAUUUGCAACGAUAUUAUUCUAGCGACCGGCGUCUUCUCCUCGAAGGAACUCUGGAAGCUGUCCAAAGCCUCAAUCCUCCAAGAAACGGGGUCAGAGUCCCCAAGCGGCUCAGGGGGCAUUAAGCUCGAGUCGGGGUACUACUGCGGGUACAAUAGCCCCGCAACACCUGCCUUCGAGCCUCCAGCUGAGCGAGCAACGCCAUCUAUGCUGGUUGGACAGUGUUUCAGUAUCCCUCCUAGUUCUGCGGGUCUCAGCCAAGCCCCGUUGGUAUCAUCCAACACUAUAUUCUACCAGCACCCACCGCCGCCCACCGACACACAUCCAACUGCGUCAGACGCGUUGAGCAGCCACCACUCCAGCGCUAAAUACGACGGGACGCCGCAGGACUCGCUCGGAGACUUCGUCACCUUCGUCUGUCAGGAGCCUACGGAUGUUCAGCAACUGCAGGUUCACGGCCUCUCCCGAAGUCCGAAGCCAGCUUAUUUCAGCAGCUCGAUGCUACCGCCAGCACCACUGCCGCCGAUGGCGCGCCCCGUGGCCAUCAUACGGUCCACAGGUAAUUGUUCGGCCCGCGAGGAUUACAUGGCGCUAUCCUCCCUCCCAGCGAGCGAGCUAAGUUCCCCGCCGUCCCCGGAGCGCUCCCCGCCGACCUCCCCCCGCCGGCGCUCGCCGCACUACCGCGCCGACUGCCCGCCGAUAUCGCACUACAACCACUUCUCACAGCCACAGCAGGUGUUCAGCUACGGGCCGCUGAGCAGCGUGGGGCUGGGCGGCGGCGCGGUGUGCGCGGGCGGGGGCGCCGUGUCGCCGCCCGGGGGGCUCGGGCUGUACGCGCCGCGCGCGCCGCCGCGCGCCGCCGUCAGGUACUCCUACUCAUGGAAUGCGCCAUUCCCGACUCUGGAGGAAGAAUUCAACAUUAUGACUGCGCCCGCGGGGCCCGACCACGUCGUUCUAUUGGACGAUGAACGCUUCUUCCAAUCCAACGUGAUAACCUCCGAAGCGACAGCAAUGGAUACAGCCGCCGUCGCCGUCGACUCCGAGGACAUCGCGCCGGACAAAGCGCCGGACCUGCGCUCGCCGUGAUCCGGAGCGUCGGCGGCGUCGGCGUCGGCGGUGCACCCCGCGUCGGCGUCGGCGUCGUGCGAGCGCGCCGCCGCCGAGCUCGACGCGCACACGGUGCUGCGCUGGACGCCCGCGCCGCCGCCGCAUUGGCGACCUGUACUG